CAUCCAUCUGCAUCUCCUGGCACUGGGGACGGAUGGACACGGCCAGAGCGGCCGGAGCUGCGGGGACAAGGGCUGUGCCAUGUGGGAACGUGGCUCCUGGGGGAGGAUUUGGGGACACCGAGCCCUCCUGCAGCUCCCCAGGCUGCGAGCGGCGGCUGCCGGCUGCGUUUCCUCGGGAGAGGCGCUCCUGGAAUUGCUAAUGCUCCAGCCCGGAGGUGCAGCACGCUGCAGCAUCAGCGACAGCAGCCACGCCGCCGUUAAUUAUUGACUCUCCAAUUAUCAGCCCUGAUAAGGGAGCACCCCCCUGGACAGCCCAGGCAGCGCUUGGUGCUCUGUGUUUUCUGGGAAAGAUAAAUAUUCCGUGGAAAAGUAACUGGUUUUGUGCGCCGGGAUUGAACUGUCCUCGCAAAGGUCAUCCGAGAGCCACGGGCUGCUCUGCUGGAAAAUCAAUCCCUCUUUUGUGCUUCUUGGUUUAAACUUGUAUUUGCUUUCUGAGCAAGGUCACAGCUCAGCUGACCAAGUUUGUAGCUGCUGGAGCAGGCUGGGGUCCAGCCACGCUGCUCCGAACCCUUCGCUGCCGGCUCCGGCCAUGGAGAAGAUGAUUUGGAGGGAGGCGAGAGCUGCUGCUCCCCGGGGUUUGUAGGUGCCAGCGUGAGCAGGGUGAAGUGACUCCUCAGCCCUUGUCAGAAGAUGCUUAAGUGACAGCCCAGUUAGACCCCACCAUGGAGAAGACAGAAGCAGAUGGCCAGGCACUCAAAGCCGACGGGGACAGGGAGCAGCCCCGCAGCCUCCCCUACUCCCUGGAGACACCCUACGGCUUCCACCUGGACCUGGACUUCCUGAAGUACGUGGAUGACAUCGAGAAGGGCAACACCAUCAGGAGGGUCCACAUCCACCGCAGGGCCAAGCAGCCCAAAUUCAGCACCCUGCCCCGAAACUUCAGCCUGCCCGAGAGCGGCUCCCGCUCCUGCCCCGCCGCCGCUCCCAGCAAGAGCUGGAGCUCGAGCUGCUCCUUCCCGCAGCGCAAAGCAUCCCUGGGCGAGGAGCCCCAAAGAGCCCUGCUGCCCUCCGAGGAGCCCAGCUACCGCAGGAAAGCGCUGCUGGCCGAGACACGGCGGCAGGCGGGGCUGCGGGAUGCGGAGCUGGGCUGGAACCGGGAUAAGGAGCUGGGAUGGCAGCGGGAUGCGGAGCUGAGCAGGACCCGGGAUGCGGAGCUGGGUCGGAACAGGGAUGGGGAGCUGGGAUGGACCCGGGAUGCUGAGCUGAACCGGAGCCGGGAUGCGGAGCUGGGAUGGCAGCGGGAUGCAGAGCUGGGCCGGACCCGGGAUGCUGAACUGAACAGAACCCGGGAUACUGAACUGAACCAGACCCGGGAUAUGGAGCUGGGCCGGCCCCGGGAUGCUGAACUGAACCAGACCCGGGAUGCUGAACUGAACCAGACCCGGGAUGCAGAGCUGAACCAGAGCCGGGAUGCUGAACUGGGCUGGCCCCGGGAUGCGCUGCGGGCUCGGCCGCAGCUGCUGCGAGCCUCCAGCAUGCCCGAGGCGCUGCCCCCCGGGCAGAGCCCCCCGGGAGCAGCCUCGCCCCUCCGGACCCCCCCGCAGCAGUGCCGGGACCAGGGCGGUUCCGAAAGCGGCGCCGUGACCCCGCCGCGGGAGCUGGGCUCGGAGCAGGGCGGAUCCCCGGGGUAUCCCUGCGGGGCUGUGCCGGGGCCGGUUCCCCUGCAGCCCCCCCGGCCGAACCAGCAGCUGCAGGCGGUGAUGGAGAGCGGGGCCGAGGAGGGCGAUGCUGCCGAUGGUGGCUCCGAGGUGGCCGGGACUGAAGCAGCAGAGAAUGGGAUUCCUGCGGGAAGGGCGCUCAGUGCGGGUGAGAUGGACCGGGAUGUGCUGCAGGAGGGUGAGCACAGGGAUGUGCAGGCUGCAGGGGACGAGGAGAGCGGUGUUCCCCCGGCUCCUGACGCUGGGCUGGCGGCGCUGAAGCAGCAGAUCGCUCACCUGCAGGAGCAGCUGGCCGAGAAGGAAGAGGAGCUGGAGCAGGUCAGGGCAGUGCUGCAGCAGCAGGACCACGAGAUGCAGGAGAAGGAGAAGAGCAUUAAGCUGCUGGCCAGCUGCAAAGCUCAGCUGGAAGAGCAGCUGUGCUGGGAGAAGGGCAGAGAGGCUGGGCUGCGGCGGGGCAGCCUGGUGCAGUGCCUGGAUGCUGCUGUGAACACGGAGCUCUCACAGCUGGCAGGGCUCAGGCAGGCCCAGGACAAAGGCAUCAAUGUGAGCAUCCCCUUCCCCAGCGGAUCCAUCGCUGUGCACAGCGCGCAGGGCAGGGAGCGCACGGAGCCGGGGCUGGCUCAGGGACCGGCUCAGGGACCGGCUCAAGGACUGGCUCAAGGUCUGACUCAAGGUCUGGCUCAGGGACCGGCUCAGGGACAUCCUGGUGAGGCCAGCACCGAGCCUGGGGUUGCUGCUCCCUGCUUCACCCAGCUGCACAUCCACGAGCACCCCGGCGAUGACAACCAGAACCACCAGGACUCCCUCAGCCCAAACACAGCCCAAAGCAAGGCAGGCUUUGGAGAAGAGGAGCCUCGGGAAGGUGCCCCUGGCCACCAGGACCCCCCAGCUGUCGACCCCAUCGGGCAAUAUGUGAAAAAGAUCCAGGAGCUGCUGCAGGAGCAGUGGCUGUGUUUGGAGCACGGGUACCCCGAGCUGGCCAGUGCCAUCAAGCAGCCAGCCUCCAAGCUCAGCUCCAUCCAGAACCAAUUAGUUAAUUCCCUCAACUCCCUGCUCUCUGCCUACUCCUCACAAGGGCCUGUGGAUAAGGAGAAUUCCAACACACACUAUCAACAGUUGGAAAACUCUCCAACCACAAGUCUUAAAUCCAUCAUGAAAAAGAAAGGUUAUGGUUUCCAUGCAGGAGGCAAUGGGACCAAAAAGAAUCUCCAGUUUGUUGGGGUAAAUGGUGGCUACGAGACAACAUCAAGCGAAGACACGAGCUGCGAGGACAGCGCGUCGGACACCGACACCGAGACCGAGGGCAGAGCUGGGGAUGUGGAGCCCGAGCAGGCUGGAGGGGAGAGCAGAGAGCCUUCCUCGGGGGAGAAGAGUGAGGAGGAUGAUGGUGGUGGGCAGCAGGAAUCAGCAGGAGCAGCGCCCUGCUCUCAGCAGGCUCACAGGUGCAAACCCUCCGAAGAUUUCCUUGCUGCCUGCCAGCUCCUCAGUGAACACCUCCCAGAAAUCAGGAGCACAAGCAACAAACAUCUGCAGCACGUGCUUGGCUCCAUCUCCCAGGAGUGGUUCCAGGUGUCCAGCCACAAAUCUUCCAGCCCAGAGGUGGUGGCAGAGUACCUGGAGGCACUGGGGGACAUCCAUCCCCAGCUGCUGGAGGCUGUGGUGAACCUGCCUGACAGGAAUGGCAACACUGCCCUGCACUACAGCGUGUCCCACUCCAACUUCCCGGUGGCAAAGCUCCUGCUGGACACAGGGAUGUGCUGCCUGGACCUGCAGAACCGUGCUGGCUACACGGCCGUGAUGCUCACACCCCUGGCAGUGCCCGAGAGCCGCCAGGACAUGGAGGUGGUGAUGAGGCUGCUGAAGGAGGGGGAUGUCAACCUCAGAGCUGCCCAGGGAGGUCAGACCGCGCUGAUGCUGGGGGUGAGCCACGACAGGGACGACAUGGUGCGAGCCCUGCUGUCCUGCCAGGCCGAUGUCAACCUGCAGGACGAGCAGGGGACCACGGCCCUGAUGGUGGCCUGUCGCCAGGGCAACGCUGACAUCGUCAGGCUGCUGCUGGCCCAGCCUGGCUGCCAGGUCACGCUGACUGACAAGGGAGGGAACUCGGCGCUGUCACUCGCCCACGGGGACAUCGCCGCGCUGCUGCGCGCCCACGUCGAGCUCAGCCCGUCCCUGUCUGUGUGACCCAGCCAGGACAGCCAGGACAGCCAGGACAGCAGCUGGAGCCUUGACACUGCAGGGACACAGGGCAGGAACCUGAGUGAUGCUCCCUGUGUCCAAUUCAUCCCACUGACAGCCCUGACCUGCCCCAGUGCCUCCAACACCCCAGGGUAGAUUUGGCAGGUGAGCAACCAAAACCAACGAGAAAAGCACAUUAGAGCAGCAAUACUUAAUCUUGUGUAACCCGAGGUUAUGGGUGGCCUUUUAAUCGACUACUUAACUGUAUCUCAUUUAACUUGUAAGUUUGUGUCCUAAUAUUUAUUAUCAGCUCUUCUGUAAGUAGUGGCAGGCAGUGAUUACUCAGUGUAUGUAACAACAAACACAAGCUGGAUGGAUUGUGGAAAGCAUAAAAUCCUAUUUCUGUUUGCUUAUGAGGGCCUGAUGUAAGAAUUAAAAAUUAAUGCUCUAGGAAAAUAUUUGAGUCUGCCAGACCCAAACACGCAGACAUUGUUUUGCCUGGAUUUGGAAUUACCAUAUGGCUGUUAUUUUCCCCUAAUUAAGUUUGAGCUAACGGGGAAGCUCAGCCCAUUGACAGGCUGGGCAUUCCAAGCACUGGAAGAUCCCAGCAGAUUCCCAUUCCAGGGUGUGGUGAUGUUGUCCAAGAGCUCUGUGGAGUGGCUUUGCUGGCAGACACCUUUUGGACCAGAGUUUGCUCUUUACUUUGCCUCUGCUCAGUUUUAAUUUUUUUUUUUAAUUUUCAGUUUUAAUCCCAAACUCCUUCUGUAAAGCCAAGCCAUGAUUUAGCUGCUGGAAUUGGGUCUCCCCAACCAUGGGGCACCCACAGGGUGCAGCAUCACCUCAAAUCAGGAUUUUUUUCCUAAAUCCCUCUGCUUGUGCCAGAGAGGGAGCCAGGGCUCAGGCCCCACUUUUCCAAGCAUCCCUGUUUAGCUGCAUCAGGACCCACUGGAUGCUCUCCCUUGGCUUUGGUGGAGCAAACCCAGAUCUCCCUCAUUAGCCAAUUACUCUUUUUUUUUUUUUGAGCAGAAGUAAAUUCUGAGCCCUCUGGUUGUUUAUGAGUCAGUUCACAUCCACAAAAUGUCUCUCGAGCUGCCUUGAGCCCCCAUCCUUGCAGGGAGGGGAGAACAGCCCUGACCUCUGUUUUCCAUGGAAAUCUGCCAUCUGCUCAAGUUUUCUUUCCUGUCUUAAUGUUUUCAAUCCACAGCAUUCACUAUCUCAAACUUCUAUCUGCCUUUUUUUUUAUCUAUAUCCCCAAAUGCCUCCUUUAUGUAUAAAUAAAAUGAAUUAAACUUUC